UGUCAGAACUGCACCAAACCUGAACCUGGACCACUCCCUGGUUUGGCUGGAAUAUUUAUACCUCUUAUUUAUGGGAUAGUGUGUGCUGUUGGCCUGCUGGGAAACACUCUAGUCAUCCAUGUUAUUGUCAACUACACCAAGAAUGAGUCAGUCACCAACAUCUACAUCCUUAACUUAGCCAUUGCAGACGAGCUCUUCAUGCUGGGUCUGCCCUUCCUAGCAGCACAGAACGCUCUGCUCUCCUGGCCCUUUGGCUCCCUAAUGUGCCGUGUGGUUAUGACAGUGGAUGCCAUCAACCAGUUUACCAGCAUCUUCUGCCUGACUGUGAUGUCAGUGGACCGGUACCUGGCCGUAGUGCAUCCCAUCCGCUCCUCCUGGUGGCGACGCCCCCAUGUAGCCAAGGCAAUCAGCGCCACAGUUUGGGGAGGGUCCUUUGUGGUGGUACUGCCAGUAGUGGUGUUUGCAGAUGUGCUAAAGGAUGAUGGGAACUGCAGCAUCGUGUGGCCUGAGCCAACAGAAGUGUGGAAGACGUCGUUCAUAGUUUACACGUGCACCGUGGGCUUCUUCUGCCCCCUGCUGGUCAUCUGUUUGUGCUAUCUGCUGAUCGUCAUCAAGGUGAGAAAUGUUGGAAAACGGGCGCAGGCUACAUCCUCUCGGCGCAGGAAGUCGGAGCGUAAAAUCACCAGGAUGGUAGUUGUAGUUGUGGCUGUGUUCGUCUUCUGCUGGCUACCGUUCUAUGUUCUGAACAUCGUCAACCUCCUAGUGAUCCUGCCUGGGGACUUCAGGGGUUUCUACUUUUUUGUUGUUGUGCUCUCAUAUGCAAACAGCUGUGCUAACCCCAUACUGUAUGGAUUUCUGUCUGACAACUUCAAGAGAGGCUUCAGAAAGGCCCUGUGCCGCACCUCACGCAGGGUGAAGAACAAUGACAGGGCUGGCACCGAGGUUCAGCGACCCACGGAGGAAUGGGGCGGCAUUGUAUACCAAACGCAAAAAAGCGAAGGCGCCACCAGUAUGCAUAAAGAAAACUGUGGUGAAAAAGAAGAGGAGGAGGAAAUCAAUGGAAUAGAAGAGUCCAUACAGAUGAGUGAAAUCUGCAAAAUGCCACAAAAUGGAAACCACUGUGGAGUAACAGAGUGCUCCAGAACACAGGUCACACAGAGGGGUAAGCCUGAGCUGGAGCACUCUGGUCAGGGGGCCAAACACGGACAUCGCACUGGAAAAGGCCCUGGCUUUGAUCCAGCUGAUGCAGUGCUCACUAUGACUGGUAACAGCAGGUCACCACCUGAAGAACUCCUGGACAAGAACUGUGUACUUGAAAUCAGCUAUCUUUAACAAAUGGGAAUGUUUUCAUUGGAUUUUGUACAGGCUCAGCGCUGGAUCAUGUGGAGUGACUAUGUAGCAAUUCAAAUAUUUGAAGUUGGGGUCUCUAUAACACCAAUUUGCAUUAUGUAAUAGACUGCCGCUAGCAAUGAUGUUUUUGCAGAGGUGUAAAAAUAAUGUAAUUUUGACAAAUAAUAAAAGACGACAUGUUGGAUUGGAGCCUAAAAGAAAUGUGAAAAGGAGGAAGAACAAAUAUAUAGAGCAAAAUGUUUUACAAAGGACAGAGUGCAGUUACUGUUGCCAAUAGUCGACGGCAUGAAGAAACAAGACAGUUUGAUUUUUUUUUUUUUUUGAUGUUUUGUCAUUCUUGGUCUUGACAGUGAUGCUAUUUUGCCAACUGUUUUACACACAGAAAGCCAAAGACUGAUGUAAUCCUGUACAUUUGGAUGGUGGGGGCUUCAGUGACUUUGCUAACUACAUCAAACACCAUCGUUAAUUUGUUUAUUGUCGUCACGUUGAAGACGACUACUGUACCACUACAUUUUGAAUAUCAGGAACACUUUGUACUGAAAUGGAUAAUGCACUGUAUGAAUCAUAACACACCUGAUGACCCACUGUGACAUGAAAAAUAUGUUUAAUUUCUACUUUUACUGCUUUGGCUUUUGAGAACAGCCCACAAAGGAUAAUUGUGCUGUUUUCACAAACACAUCUCAGCUCUGUAGCUUAGUGCUUUUGUCAAGCUCUGUGUAACAGCAUCCAUACUUGGCUACGACAUAGAUUCAAUUUUUUUUAUACGCUCAAGACGACAGAAAAUAUGCAUCUCUGGAGCACAACAACUUUUAAAGGUUGGCAACCUUAUACAUCCAACAAUGAGUCUCUGCUUUAUGCUCAUAGUUAUACACCAUCAAUACAGGAAAUGUGAGGAAACUGGAUUGGUUAUGAUGGUUGAAAUAGUAGUGCUGUGUUCUUUUUAGUGAAGUCUGUAUUUGUCUCAUGUCCAUACAGUAGUUUUAGGUCAACAGACCAACAUACCUUCAUUGUUUUGUCAGUUUUUUGUCUGUGAUCACAAAAAGUACAGUGUUUGCAUGAAGAUGUUAUAUUAUCAUUCAUGUUGUGAGAGCUUUGGUGAGGUAUGAAGUGAUUGUGUUGUGAGAGGGCUAAAUAAAUUCUUAUAAAUCACACCAUAUGUAAAUAUCUUGUCCUUUAGUAAAACUGGGGGUUGUGUGCUAUCACGCCACCUGAACCAGUGCACAUGUAGAGUGUGUAGUACGUACUGAAAUAUGUACAUGGCAUAUAUGCAACUGUAAUAUUUAUCAUUAUGACCUCUUGUUCACCAAC